ACCGAAGCACACUUAUCACUGAAGUCAAACAAGGUGUCAUUAGCAAUACCAACAUGUCGAAAUUUACUCUCUUUCUUGCUAUUACUUGCCUUUGCGCGGCUGUUCAGGCUCAAACCGACAUAUGCCGUAGAGAAAAAGAAACUUGCCGACGAAAUGAACGGAGGUUGGGAGCUCAAAAUGAUGUUUCGACCAUAUUUAAUAAUCAGUGCCGCCGCCAGCCAGGAGUUAGAAACUGGCGCAAUGUUUCUCGUUGCGAAUUGUCGCUGGCCACUUGUCGAUUGACAAUCGACCGUUGUGCUGCUAUAAGCUGCGAAAAUGUGAGAAACAGCAUUGAUGGUGGAGUCAUCGGAAGCCCUCCCACCCCAAGGACGACCCCGCGAAUUCCUGACACCCGACGACCUCGAACAACUCGUAGGACUCCAACAACUCGUAGGACUCCAACUACUCGUAGGACUCCAACUACUCGUAGGACUCCAACUACUCGUCGUGUCACCACACGGCGUACUACUCGUCGAACGCCAGCUACUAGAUCUUCUCGUAGAACUACACGUGGUCGGACCACAACUACCAGAUCUUCUCGCAGAACUACGACUCCUGGACCAACUGAAGAAUGAAAGCGAGAACCUAAUCUCUCAAAAUAAUAUCCUGCAAAAUGUAUCCUACUGAAAAAAUAUAAAAUCUUUAAUGCUCUCAAAAA